AUGCAAUACAUGAUUGAAAUGAUAGCAGCCCCUCCCUUUGGACCAGGACUUCUUGGAAUGUUGGAAGUGGAGAAAAAUCUGGAGGAAAGAAGAAAGACACUUCAAGCUUUGUUGGGGCCUGGAGAGUUUGCCCUCACCCUGCCGGUAUUCCCACUGUUAGGUACGGCUGGAUCAGUCACACCCAGCAAAAUUCCAUCCAUUGACAAGCCUUUGAGCGCUGAUCUGGGCCACUUGGUCAGUGAAUAUGAACGGUGGAGGGCCAUGGCAGAUAACAUGAAGAGCCGACGAGGCCGUCCUUUCGAAAUGUCGAUACCGAAUGCAUUACUACUUGACGACUUUGGAUACGCGUUUGGAGGUUGUGCCCUACAGGUAACAUUACAAGCGAAGAACUUGGAUGAGGCCUGUCAACUUCACGACCAGAUGUCUGUACUUGGUCCAUUGAUGUUGGCUAUGACUGCAGCAACGCCAGGGUAUCAAGGAUUUCUAGCCAAUACUGAUACGCGAUGGGAUGUUUUCCGGCUUGGGCUCGAUGACAGAACUUCGGAUGAGCUUCUGCAGAUGGAAAUCCUGGAGCAGCAUGAAAUUGACGUAAAAAUUAGAGUAAGCACAAGUCCAAUCUACCUAUCGGCAGGUGAUGACAUUCGGACACUCUAUCAAUCAUAUCUUCCAGGAUUGUCGGAAGUCCAAGAGGAAUUAGAAAGCGUUGGUAUGGAUAAGAACCUAGCCUGUCAUUUCGCCCAGUUCCUUCAGUAUGAUCCUCUUUUAUUAGAGUCCGAUCAUGUGGAAGCGGAUGGACCAGAAGAUACCUACCACUUCAGAUCUCUCUACCGCUCAAUAUGGCCACAUAUUAGACUCAAAGUGCCUGAGGGCAGUCAUGCUGGAUGGCGAGUUGAGUUUCGACCGAUGGAGGCACAACUAACUGACUUUGAGAACGCCGCAUUUAUCGUUUUCACCGUUCUCCUGCGACACAUGAUGGAAUUUUUCAACCUCAGCAUAUACAUUCCUAUGAGACUGGUGGUUGAGAACAUGCAGGCUGCAGUUAAGCAGGACGCUGUUCUUCACGAAAGAUUUUGGUUUUCUUGGCAAUCAAACGACACCCCAUUUAAUGGCCUCGGUGUUGACCCUCGAGAUCAGAAAGACAGGUCUGGGUUCAGCAAACAGCAGAGCACUGUUCAGCAUCUUUCUAUGGCUGAAAUCUUUUGUGGCUCGAGGACUGACACCCACGAUGAUCUCUCAAGCCCAAAAGAUAGUUUUCAGGGCUUCAUACCGCUCAUUGAAGUCUUUCUCAGAAACAGCCCAUUAUCCGCUGAGGAAAGAGCCGUGCUCAUGACAUAUAUCACUUUCAUUGGGAAAAGAGCUUCUGGCGAACUGUGGACCGAUGCUCGAUGGAUGCGGCAUGUGAUUCGAUCUCACCGCUCCUACCGACACGAUAGUGUCGUGACUUCAGAAGCCUGUUAUGAUCUGCUUUACAAGAUUAAGGAUAUCUCACAAGGGGAGCUGAAGGUGCCAGAACUCUUUUGA